GUCCGUGCAAGACAAAUGGAACUAGAAAAUGAUAAAAAUACUUACAAAACAAAAAUUGAUGAUGUUGAUAAGAAAGACAAGAACUUAAUGAUGUUGUCAAAGAUUUGGAACGCAGACUGGAUAAAUUGAAUGAAGAGAAAAUUGUAAAUGCAGAUAUGGCUGAAGAGAAUGAAGAUCUGAAAAACCAACUAAAUGGUCUUCAAGAACAGUUGAAAAGCCUAAAACAAGAGCACCAGGAUGGAAUGACGACGUUACGACUCAGAGAACAGCAGCUACAACAGCACUCCAGUUUGAAUCAAGAGCAUAAAGAUCUCCUGGGUGAAAAAGAUAAUAUGAUACAGGCAUUAAGGCAAGAAAUGAGUGAGUUGAAAUUAGUUCAUGAACAGUGUGGAAUUUAUGCAAAGGAGCAAUCCACUUUGAUACAAAAUCUGCAAUCCUUGCAGGAUCAAACACAGACAGUAAUCAAAGCGCAAGAAGAGAAAUUCAAGUCUGAGGUUAUUGACCUUAAAGAGCAACUAAAAGAUUCAAUCAAACUACGGGAAUCUUUGCAAGCGGAUAUUGAGCAGUCAAAAUUGCAGGAAUGUGAAGAGUGUAUCACUCUCAAAGACGAAUUGCAGACAGUUAAAGAUCACAAUAACGUGUUGUUGGAAAAGACACAAGAAAAGAACCGACGUAUCUCAUCUCUUGAAAAGACUUUGGUUGCCAAAGAUAAUGAACAAACCGGAAAUUCUCCGUCAGGAACUCUGGAAAGAAAGAUUCAGUCAGCGGAGCAGAAGAUUUUUGAUCUUCAAAAAGUUCUGGAGUUUAAGCAAAACGAACUGGAUUCUCUCAACGCGGCUCAUUCAAACCGUUUACUACGCUACAAGAAUCUUCAGCAUGAACAUAAAAUUGUUCUCAAGCAGUUGAAGACCUUCGAAAUUUCCAGCGACAACGAAGCACAAAAUCAUGUCGAGGAUACGUCGAUUCCUCGAGCCUCGCCUCGUUCCUUGCAAAACGAAAACAGCGAUUCGGUUUGGAAUGAACUGCAGCAUUUUAAGACCGAAUACGAGACUCUUCGUAAUGAACGCGACUCGAUUAUGGAAGAGAUCGACUCUAGACGCGUUGAACAUGCUAAUGAUGUCACAACGAUCCAGGAACUGCGCAUGUGCCUUGAAGACGAGAAACGAGGACUAGUGGAGCAGAUCAGAGCGAAUAAUGUUCAUGAAACUGAGGAAUUAAAGAAAACAAGUGAACAAUUGAAGAAUGACAAGAAUGAACUCAAGUUUCAGAUUGAGAGUUUGAGGAAGAAUUGGAGUGGCGCUAAUGAUGACAAUGAAUCGCUGACGAAAAGACUUGGAGAACAAGAGCUGUUAGUGGAGCGAUUAGCUGGGGAAAUAGCGAAAUACAAGAAGGAAUUGAAAAUUAUGAAAAGUGAAAGAAAGAAAAGAAAGGAAAACGACGAAAGAAAGGUUUUGCUACAGGAAAAAACAACUUCAGCGGUUGGACGAAAGAAAUCAAUACAAUUUGAAAAACAGACACAAACUGAUUCUUCAUUCAAACAUCAACAACACAAAACUACGAAAAAACUAAUUCAAGACAACUCUUCUUUUCAACACAACCAUCGCGAUGCUCAAACAUCGCCUAUCAGAACAUUUGCCGAGUUGAGUAAUUCUGUCGAGCCUACGUCACAUGGCGAUCCUACGACGAGAGUUAGCGACCUCUCGGCGACUCAUGACGAGAGUAUUACCAAGGAUGGCGACGAGAUGCUGGAUCCUCGUGACCAAAGUGCCCGAUCGGCAUUUGAAACGCCGGCAAAGAGAUCUCGCAUGAGGACGAAAAGUCCGGCACACAGAGAGUCUAAAAGUAUGCGACAGAGAGUUUUGAGCCUCACGCAACAAGUGGCUGCAUUAAAAUCGGCAAAAGAUUCUCUUGCAAAAUCCCUGACUGAACAAAAGUUUUCAAAUGAAAAGCUACAGCAUGAUUUGAACUUAUCUCAACAAAGAGCAAAAGUUUCCAGACAGACAGUGGAGCGUUUGAGCAAAGAGUUGGAUGACAGUCAUCGCCAGAAUCAAACGUUGCUGAAGGCUUCUAAAGAUUAUAAAAUACCAUCUUAUCCAACUGAGAAACAUCUUGAGGAUAGACUGAAGCUGUCUGCCAACGAGUGUUCUCGCCUGUCCCACGAGCUCAAGUCAGCGAGAAAAACGAACGAGGAACUACAAGAAAAAUUGAAGUCGCUUCAAGAAAAGAAUUCCAGAAACGAGCAUAUUUUGAACCAGAAGAAAGUGUUUGUCGAUGAAAUGCGAUCAAGAUUGAAAGCAACUCUCUCGAAUCUUGAGACAACUCAGGAAGGUUUGCAAAAGGCGGAGGAAAGGAAUCGUCAAAUGACCGAGAAUGAAAAUCAACGAAAAAAUCAGAUGGAUUUCUUGAAAAGUCGCCUGGAAACUGAAAUAAAGGAAAAGAAAGAGAUCGACAAACUUUAUUCACAAAGUCAAGAGGAAAUCAAGAGAAAGGCGAAGCUGCUGACGCGGGCUCAGGCAUUACGUCACGAGGCAGAAAUGGCGGUAAAUGAAAUGGAGGAGGCGGCAAAGACACAGUUACAUAAUCUGGCCAAUCAGAGUCAAGUUACACUUGGUGCUAUUGAGCAGCGCCUCAAUGAAUCAAGGCGAAAACUUGGUGAAUUUCAAAUCUUUGUUAGGACGUUAACACACAAACUUACUGACCGAGUAAAAAACAAGAGAUCGGAAAUAAAGCAGAUAAACUUUCAGAAAUUCGAAGACGAGAAACAAACAGCGUCUAUGGUUCAAGCAUGCGAGCUUGCCAGUUCGAUUCUUAACAUGUCUAAAUUAGAUAUCAAUGAGUUUCUUGAUGUCAGUGUACAUGAGAAUGAAGACAGUCUAGUGCAGGAUCAAAUACACGAAUGGAGAACACACGUUGAAGAAAUACUUUCAAAUGAGGGAUCCUUUGCGACAUCUUUGGCACAGUUUUUCAUAGAAAUUGUUGAAAAUCUUGUCGUGUUAGAGAAAAGAAUUGAUGUAUUACAUUCGACGACAGUCAAAACAAAUUUCGCCAUCAUAAAAUCGUCGCAAUGUCGUGGAUUGCCUUCGAUUACGUGAAAUAUCCACCACGCAAUUUAAACCUUGGCCAUCAAAGGCUAUCUCAAGAGGAAAUUGAUGAAGUUGUGAACAGGUUAAGCGCUGUUAAAGAGAGGACGAG